AUGUAUAAAUACGUGUUGAUUUUCAUAAUAAAACGAUCUGUUGCCUGGCCCUUGUCUUCUGUUGUUACAUUUGGUGUCGCUGCCUACCGACAAAUGAAAAGCCUAUACCCUGCAGUUUUUGAUGGAGACAUAUGGAUCUUCGGGCAGGACUUCAAGGCUUCUGCGCAGUUGAGUGGCGUUCAAGAUCUGUCAGCGAUGGAGCUGCUACUUGAGACGCUGCUGGGAGGUCGGGCGAAAGCAGCAUAUGAAGGUGUGGGCCGAAGUAUGGACGAAUGUUCGACAGGGUCAGGCAAACAGUUUCCAAAGUGGGAAGGACCAUAUAUGGUCACUUCGAGAUGGGGUUACGCAGACACAGUCGCAAUGGCGAACAAUGAGAGGCGCGUGAACGUCAGCGAGCUCCAGAAAUGGAUACAGCGAGACAAGCCAACGAUGACGCCUGCACCAAGUAGAUCAAGCCGACUUCAGUCGCACGUAUUUGACGGGGGGACGAGUGUGGUGAGAGCAGGCUGCUAGCCGAUUGGUUGGCACUAAUCUACGUUAAGGUCUGGGUCACUAAUAUGGGCCGUGAACAAGCCUGAGUCAACAACCAAUCACAGCAAAGUUAACGUGGCAAAAUAUGAUUCGCAGAGAGAACUCUAUUUGUCAAGGAAUCCCGAAACAACCAAUCAGAAGCCUGCGUUUGUCUACCUAAACAACCAAUCAGAUGACUGCGCUUGUCUAUAAUAAUGUAGUUGAAAGAUGUAUAAAUACGUGUUGAUUUUCAUAAUAAAACGAUCUGUUGCCUGGCCCUUGUCUUCUGUUGUUACACCUCUAUGGCUGGCAUGUGGUGGAUUGAAGUGCCACUCGAUGUUCCUUUUCAGUAACUCUUCCUGAACUCUCGUUUGAGGACCUUCGAAGUAUUCUUUAAGCUCGGCGUGACAGCCAACAAAAUUAGUCCCUCUGUCGCUGAACAUCAUCU